AGCGCGAGCAGCGGCGGCUUCUUCCCAUUCAGAUAUAAAGCCAAGGUGCGAGGACCUGUGGUUAACAGAAAUGGAGCAUGUGGACGAGGGGAGCCCUUCCCUGCACCCUCCCACCCCCUGGCUGCAUUCCAGGGCUUAAUGCACUUCCGGCUCUCCUGGCCCCUGGGAGAAAGUGCUUCAAGCAUCUGUUCAGCAGCAAGGCCACUUGAUGGGAGAGAUGGAGCAGUCUUUGGAUUCAGAUGUAGAACCGCCUCUGAAUAAUGAGACAUUUUGUGAGCUGUGGAACAUGGUGCAGGACAACGAUAUCUUGUUUAAUCAGACCGCGGCUCCAGGUAUGAACUUGGAUCUGCAGCCUCCCAUAGAACUCUUCAAUGUGCCCUUCCCACAGGAAGGGGUUGGCUGUGGGCCAGGGGAAGGUAUAGAGAGCGUCCCUGCCAUGGAUGCAGCGGAGGCUGCCGCCUCCUCCGCUGUCCCCUCAACUGAAGACUAUGCUGGAGAACACGGUUUUGAGCUGAAGUUCGAGAAAUCGGGAACGGCCAAGUCUGUCACCUGCACCUACUCACAAGUUCUCAACAAGCUGUUUUGCCAACUGGGAAAGACGUGCCCCGUCCUGGUGAAGGUGUUUUCUUCACCUCCUCCCGGGUCUGUCAUCCGGGCCACAGCUGUGUACAAGAAGUCUGAACAUGUGGCUGACGUGGUGAAGCGCUGCCCGCACCACGAGCGUGUGCUGCACCAGAGCGAUGACGGGGCCCCAGCUCAGCACCUGAUCCGUGUGGAGGGGAACCAGCUGGCCCAGUACUACUGUGACAAGAACACCAAGCGCCACAGCGUUAUUGUUCCUUACGAGACUCCCCAGGUCGGGUCGGAGUGCACCACUAUACUUCUGAAUUACAUGUGCAACAGUUCUUGCAUGGGGGGCAUGAACCGGCGUCCCAUCCUGACCAUCAUCACCCUCGAGACCCAUCAAGGGCAGCUUCUCGGCCGCCGCUGCUUUGAAGUUCGGGUUUGCGCCUGCCCUGGCCGGGACCUCAGGUUGGAGGAAGAGCACUUCCACAAAGAUCCUAUUCCCGGUGGACGGUCCAAAAGGGGGGCUGCAACAGAGAUCGGACCUGAGAAGAAGCGCAUCGCGGGACCGUCCAACAACUCAGGAGAUACCUACGUCCUCAAGAUCAAAGGGUGGGAACGGUAUCUCAUGUUUAAGGAGCUGAAUGAGGCCUUGGAGCUAAAAGACGCCCAGGAGAGCCGCAAGCCAAGCAAAGGCUCCCAGAAGACUCGGAAGCGCGGCGAUGUGCCCUCCCCGUGCAGCGGGAAGAGGCUUCUGUUGAAGGAUGAGGCAGGAGAUUCCGACUAGCGCUGCUCCCUGGACUGUCCGAGGCCGUUUCUGUCCCCCUCUACGCCCCAUAUUUGUUAGCUGGGGUUCCCAACUAUCUUCCAAAGAAGGGCAUUACUGCGCUGGCCUUUCCAGAGUUCCAGGCCUCUUGAGCCCCUACCCCUGCUCAUGCGACUGCUUGAAAUGCUGGGACUGGCUGGGGUGGGAUGCUGUUCUGCCCCCCCCCUCACCCCGCCAGUCCCUGCUUCCUGACGGCUGCUGUGGGACAGACGUCCUGCCAACUAAUGGGUCACUGCCCCUAGUCCCAUUCCUUACAAAGGUAUUGUAGGGUGGGUCUGCCGCCCGAAAGAUGCCGAAGAAAUCUAGAAAUACU